AUGGGGGAGAGAGACCACAGCAGUUCUAUUACGGACCAAUGUAUGCCCAGCACAUGUGAAUCCAGUCCGCAUAUGCAUAUUUCCUCAGUUUAUCCUGGAUAUAUAUCAUACAUGGGAUGUAUCAACAGAACUCGUGGUUCUGGUCAAGUAUCAUUUUUGCCCUAUGGAGAGCGUCGUUUGAAGAAUUCGGAGUCGUUCACUGGCGAAAGUAGCAACUAUUUGAUUGAGUCAAUAAAUUUCGUUAAAAAAAGUUCCACAGCGGGUUCUGGACGAGUCACUGGGACACCACCAUUGUGUUCCCCAGAAGAUGAUUCAGAAUUUACGAUAUCUGAGAAAGAUUGGAAGAGUCCAGUACAAAAAAAAUCAUCACAAAAUACGUCAUCAUCUUCUGGCUAUGGAUCAACUGAUUCUGACCAAGAUGAACAAUCAGCUAGCAGUCAUUCAAGUGAAGAUGUAAUAAUUGCCGUAAACGACCGAAAGUCACGUGAAUUAAUUAAACAGGAGAGAGAGCUACUGCGACUGAGACGGCGAAGUGUUCCCGCAACACUGACAAGUCAAAUUCCGGACGAUGUUGCCAAUAUCGCCCGGACAGAAGGCCUUUUACGAAUAGAAACUAAUGUGGAUACUGGAGAACAGCACAUUAUGGAGUUGGGUAGUACCACACUUCGUCGACCCGAAUCUGUGAUGCAGUUGGCACGUCGUUUUGGAGAGAUAGCCGCAGCACAACAGAAUGAUAUUCAUAAGUCACGAACACGUUAUAUCGGGAAAGAAAAUGGUUUUACCAAUUCAGGUAGAAAUCAAUUAUUUUAUUCGAGUUGUGAUCGCAGAGGAGGGUUCGGAAGUUUGAAUGGAGUUCCUGACGCGAUGGCUUCUCGUCCUAAUAUUUUCAGACAGAUGGAUAAAGUUGGCUCUAGCAACUCGACUGCACCACCAAGGGUUCUGAACCCAAAUUCUAUCAAGGACGCUUUAUUACGAUGGGUUCAAAGUCGUGUGAAAGAUUAUCCAGUAAAUGUUACGAACUUCUCAUCUUCAUGGGCUGACGGAACAGCAUUUUGCGCUUUAAUUCAUAGAUUUGCUCCAGAUGCUUUUGAUUUCAACAAAAUCGAUCCACGGAAUAGAAAAGAAAACUUUGAUCUUGCAUUCAGGAUAGCAGAGGAGCAAGGAAUUUGUCCUCUUUUGGAAGUAGAAGACAUGAUAAUGAUGGGUGAUCGUCCUGAUUGGAAAUGUGUGUUCACAUAUGUUCAAAGUUUUUACAAACAUUUCAAAGACCGAGAAUGA